AUGGCUCUCCCCCCUAAGUGGUAUCAGUUCCUUGUGAGCGUUUUCGCGUCGCUCGGUUCCCUCAACUACGGUUAUGACUUGGGUGUCAUUGCCUCUGCGAUCGCCUCGCAGUCCUUCAAGACUAAGUUCGGCGAGGAUCCCAAAGAGAUUGGUGCUGUUGUGUCCGUUUUCACUGGUGGUGCCUUCAUCGGUGCCGGUUGCGCCGGUCCCACUGGUGACAAGCUUGGUCGUAAGAUGACCAUUCUCAUCGGUGCUGUCAUCUUCGUCAUCGGUGGUGCCCUCCAGGCUGCUGCUCAGAACCUUGGUUACCUCUACGCUGGUCGCGCCCUUGCCGGUGUUGGUGUCGGUUUCUUGACCAUGAUUAUUCCCUUGUACCAGGCCGAACUUUGCCAUCCCAGUAUUCGUGGACGAGUCACUGCCCUCCAACAGUUCAUGCUUGGUGUCGGUGCUCUUGCUGCGGCCUGGAUCUCGUACGGAACAUACGUCGGCUUCGGCCCCACCGACAACAACCAGUGGCGUGUCAGUCUGGGUAUCCAGUGCAUUCCCGGUGGUAUUCUGGCUCUGCUUAUCCUGCUCUUCCCCGAGUCUCCCCGUUGGCUCAUUGACCACGGCCGCGUCGACGAGGGUCUUCAGACCCUCGCUAGGCUGCACGCUCAGGGCGAUGUCAACGAUGCCUGGGUCCGCGCCGAGUUCGACCAGAUCCAGGAUUCCAUCGCCACCGAGCACGAGGGUUCCGCCAAGUCUUACAUGGAGCUCUUCACCGACAAGUCUUGCUUCCGCCGUCUCUUCCUCGCUUGCGCUCUCCAGGGUUCCAUUCAGAUGACCGGUGUCAGCGCUAUCCAGUACUACUCCGUCGCCAUUUACGAGAAGAUUGGUAUUGCCGGAGACGAGACCCUUCGUUACCAGGCUAUCUCUUCCUGCCUUGCCCUUGUCGCCCAGUUCCUCUGCAUGAUGUUCAUCGACAAGACCGGUCGUCGCUGGCCCCUGAUCUUCGGUAACCUUGGCAACUGCAUUACUUUCAUCAUUGCCACCAUCCUCCUUGCCAAGUUCCCUCCCGGCUCCGAGAACGCCUCCGGAAGCGCCUCCUGGGGUUUCAUCGCCAUGACCUGGCUGUACAACUUCAGCUUCAGCUCCACCUGCGGUCCUCUCUCCUGGAUCAUUCCUGCCGAAAUUUUCGACAUGAAGACCCGUUCCAAGGGUGUCUCCAUCGCUACCAUGACCUCUUUCGCCUUCAACACCCUCAUCGGCCAGACCACCUCCGUGGCUCUUGACGACAAGAACGGUAUUGGCUGGCGCUGGUACAUCCUCUUCAUUGUGUGCAACUUCACCAACGCCCUCUUCUUCUGGGCUUUCCUCCCCGAGACCGCCAAGCGUCCUUUGGAGGAGAUGAGAUACCUCUUCACCGAGGCUCCUCUUUUCGUCCCCACGAUGGGCGCCAUCGAGACUCACGAUCUCGAGCGCAGAGUCGAGGCUGUCGAGCAGAAGCAGGCCAACGCUACCGAGCACAUUUGA